GACCGCUUCGAGGGAAAAGAAACUGGCGGAGCCCUGCCCUCUGCUGGCCUUGGCGUGAAAAUGGGCCCAACAGGUGAUAUCCCACAAUGCUUGUCAGUUGUUUGCGAGUUGCUUCAAUUCCGCCUGCUCGCAAACGGGGCGAGGAAAGCGGCGGCGGCGGCGGCGGCGGCGGCGAGCGAUCGCCUCUGAGCACCAGGAACGGGUUGCGCCGAAACUCAGACCCGGAAGCGGCUGUGAGCGGUUGGGGAAAGUAAUGGACGAAUUGGUUACCUCCCCUGGAAAGGACUCCACUGACCACUGUUCUGAUAGUCUUCUGGAACCAUCAGCACAUCCGGAUUCAUUGACUGAUCAUUCAUCUCCCGAGAUCAACCCUCCCUGUCGCUUUUUCUUGGAAGGACGCUGCCGUUUUGGUGCCCGCUGCCAAAACUUUCAUCCUGGUGGUGCUGGGGAUGUUCAUCAUUUAGAAGAUCCUGGACCUGUCCGUGAUCCUUCCUUGCAGCUCACAGAAGGGAAGAAACCUCCAAUGAAAACAGCUGAGGAUGUCAUUUCCCGACUCCUCUGGGAUACACAGGUACCUGCUGAACAGUUCUCUAUUGGCUACCUUGACCGGUUCUUGGGGAUCUUGGAGGAAUCUUUUACUUCUUUCUCAUGGGAGGAUCUAGCUUCUGUUGGUCCUGGUGUACUGGCUAUCCCUAAACAUAGGAUCCAGUAUUUCAAAUACAGAGACCGUGUGGUUUGGGACAAAGUCAGUCGCACAGAUGACGUUUUUGGGUCCACAGGAAGUGGAAAAACCAUCUUAGAAGUGAUGAAGGAAGAAGACACUCAGGCUAUGAAGGAAAUAACUGGUCUUUCAGAUAGACUCCAAGUUGAACAAGAAGAGGUAAAUGGUAAUUCAACCAAAGAGAAAGAGUUGAACAGGACAGCUAGUGGACAGGAGUUAGUGAUGGCUUUGGGGGAAGCUGUGGAUAAUUUGGAGUUGGUUGGAGACACGUUCAUCAACCAAGAAGGAAACAUGGUGAGCCAAGAAAAGGAAAGAGAAGCAGUCAGCUCAGUUAAGUGUGAAGAAUUCAAACAUGCUUGUGCUGUCAAAUCAGAAAAUGAACCAGGGAUGGUGAAAACAGAAAACAUAGAUUUGGAAAGGAGGGGAGGGAGGCACUUCUCUUAUCUGAAGGAGCGCCCCACCCAUUUCAUAGCUAUCCCGAUCACCAGCCCAGAAAUCCAGGAAGCUGUGAAACAUUUCCAAGAAGCUCUAUGUGCUGUCAACUCUGACUUCACUCCCUUCUGUGUGCCCAGAGCUACACUGCAUGUCACACUUUGCCUGCUGCACUUGGAUACCCCUGAAGAAAUCCACAAAGCGAUGAUGGCUCUCAAAGAACUGCAGGCUGGCUUCCAGCGACUGCUGCCCCCAGCCUUGCUUCUCUCCUUCCAUAAAUUGGAGUCUUUUAAUUCACGGGUUCUUUACUUGGCACCCGUUCCUGUACCCCAGUUGGGUGUCCUGGGUCAGACUUUGGAAGAUGCCUUUACUGAAAAGGGCUUGACCGUGAUUUGUCCUCCAGCCAAAGGGAAGUUCCAUUUGACCAUCGUGAAGAUUCCUCCAAGGAAAGGUAUGCCUCGACUCCCAUCAGAUUUGGUUUGGGCUCCUACAAUACAGGAUUUGGGAGCCCAAGCAGUAGAGGCCAUAUGUUUAUAUGAGGUAGGAAAAGGCAAAAGAACGGAUAAUUUGUACGUCAGUAUACUGAAAUUGGAUUUAUAUGGAGAAAGUUGAACUUAAACAAUGGGAGAUAUCUUCCAAAUGAACUUCUGCUCUUUAGAAAAGACAGUGGGUAGGACUGUGUGGACUUCACGGCCCAGAAUUCCCCAGCAGCAUCUAUUUGGAGCACUUUAACUACAGCCCUAAUGGAAAAGUUGACCAUGAAAACAAACAAUAGCAGCAUUACGGUAACACAGAUGAUACUUUUUACCUUACCUGGUUUAAACAGAUUAAUCAUGCAUAACGGAGACAUUAUUUUUUACUAUCUUCUUCUCAGUUCCGAUACUUUAAUUAAAUAGGGUUGUAUGCAUUUCACAUCUUUAUAGAAUCUCUUGCAUUGUUAAUAAAUAGAAAUGAAGGGGAAAAAGGAACUACAUAUUUUCUGGAAUUGUGCAAUUACUGCCCAUAGACAGAUGAUUCUAGGAAAAGGCACAAUGAAGGCCUUUGAACUGUACUUCUCUCCUGAUACAAAUGCUAACAUUUGGGCAUGCAGCAUGUCUAGCAUUGAAUUUGGGAAGGUGUUUGCCCUGUAGAUUAAAAAAAACUCAUAAUCCUCUUAACUGGUGGCAAUCUUUCCCAGUCUAGGGGCUGUGCUUUGGCUUCAUGCCAUGCCUAGAAGCUAUAGUUGCUACCAUCGCCAAACGAGGCAAUGCUGUAAUUUUUAGCCCUUAACCUUUGGCGGGGGGGAAGCAAAAUUGGGCCAACAUUUAGAAUGAUAGCAAAUGCCUCAAGCUCUCAAACACGCAAAGCCCCCCACAUUCUAACGUUCCAGCCAUGCUUCCUCUGGGGGGAUUGCAGACAGGGUGCUGGAUAGCCACAUACUGCCCACAGGUUGCCCACCCGUCUUACAUCCUGCUUUGGAAAUAAUUGUCACUAUAUCUGAAUGCAUGUCAUGGGUGAAUUAGUCACUUGUUUGAAAACUGUAGUUGUGUAAGAAAACUGGUUUUUUUCAACUGAAGUCACACAGAUAAUGACCAGGAAAACUGAAAAAUCCAUUUGUAUGACUGAUCCACACCAGAUGAUGAAGCUAUCUGUAGUGACCUUGUCAACUGCCCUAAUCUAUGAUAUUCGGGAAACCAAACCAGGGAGUUAAUGUACCACGUUAGCUCAUCAAUCUUCCCCAAUAAAGUAUAAUAAAAUUAUAUAGUGGAACACUAAAGGGAUUUAGCUUUAAAAUGUUGAUCCAACAGUCAAAUCAGAGCUUUUGAAUCAGAAUAUUUUCUUUUAACCUAAGCAGAAUCCAAUUUAACAUCUAGUUUCUGUACCUUUACACUGGAAAUAACUGCAGAAACACUGCACUAAGAUCCACUGCAGCAUGAAUGUGUCCUAAAUCUCUGAAUUGUUCUACAUGAAAUUCCUCUGCUGGAAAACGUAGUCCAGCUGGAACCUAAACAUUCCUUUCCCGUGAGACAGCCAGACUAGACUACAAACCAGUGAUGCACAUAUGUAACGCCUUUGCCCCCACUGCCAGUAGCAGAGAUGUGCAAGGCUGGGGAAUGACGAGGCUUGUGAUGUAGGGGGAAACAGACCAAUGGCCACCCUUUAGAAUAUUAACUGCACAGACAGAAAAGUCAGUUUGGUGUCACUGCUGCCCCUGGCCUCUGCUAAACGUUGAACAUCACCACACUGAAGCAGACAGCACUGUUUUAAAAAACUGACUUUAAUCAAAUGGGAAAAAAUUCAGGUUUCUGAAAAGGAAAAAGGGAUCUUUGAAAAAUCCAGCCCAAGCCAAAAUAUCCCAAAAUUACACAUGUUCAAAAACAAAAAGAAAGAGGAGUUAGAGCAAAGGAGAACAGAGGGGAAGAAGGGAUUAUGAGAAGCUAAAGA